AUGUCUGGAAGGCCGGAGAGUGUACAAGGCGGCAAUGUGGAGAGUCGAGCGCCUACUUUGCCGCAAGGAGAUCGUCAGAGGAGAGCGAGGUCGGACUUCCAUACUGAGACCGAUCAACCCGAUGCGACUCGCAGAGGAGUGGAGAAAAGGCAGCAACCGAACUGGACCCUUGACAGUUGGGUGGAGGAUGUACUGCUGGAGGGAAAGGAACGCAUCACCAGCAUGGGGCUGAACGAAUUCCUUCGUAAUUUUUUUGGCGGCAUGGGCGUUGUGGACACCAAUGAGGACGUCUCUAUGGAGAGUUUUCUUACGAACCCUUUUUCUUUCUCCAACGGCGAAACGUCAUUGUGCACAAUAGCGGAAUCGCCGUUAUGCCGAGAGACGAAAAUACUAUUGGAGGCUGCAUAUAAACUGAAAGGAGAAGGCGUGUUCUCGCUUGCACAGUGGAGGGACUUUGAAAGAAAGGAUACGGUCAUUCCAAUUGCAAAGGGAGCACUCGACGCAGCUCUCUUUUAUGUGCUGAGAGAAGAAGCAAGGCGGGAGGCAGAGGAAAGGGCAAGGCGGGAGCAUCAAAUAAAAUUUACAAUUUUCACCAAGAUCGAAGAUGUGCUGUUGAGAGAAAGUGUUUGCGCCAAUAACAUGAAGCUGAAUGAUUUUCUUACGGCGCAGUUGGGCGGCAUGGGCGUCGUGGACACCAAUCGGAAUGUCUUGCUGAGGGAGUUUGUUAGGGACCCUGAGAAGUACAUCGACGAUGAGGGAGUACUGAGCGAAAUAAAGAAAUUAUAUAAUUAUGUGAGGAUGGAGAUUGCUGUAAGGAAUGAAAUGAGUUUUUGCGAGGAUUUACGCAGCCUUUACGAUAAAGGUGUGCGCAAUCUACUGAGGUGGUCAGAGGCUGCUGCGGAGGUAAAAGCAAGUGUUCAUGGCAUCACGGAAGAUACUUUGGAUGCAGCCCUUCAGGAAGUGAGGUACCCAACGACGACGAGUGUACCGAUGAAACUGAAGGGGUUGUACGAGUCUGUGUACAAUGCGAGGUGGAGCCAUGUGGUGGAAGUUCCUGACGACAACGGAAUGGGAAUGAAGGUGGAGGAGGGGAAACCAGAAAAGCCAUGGACAUUCAAGGAAGUUGGCAAAACUUUGGAAAAGAAUGAUAGCGUGGAGCAAUCCGGUGCAGGGCGUCUCAGGCUGGUGGUGCUCACCUCGGACAAGGGAUGGCCGUACUCGUGGAAAUGGAGGGAGAAGGAACCCAUUCAUGACUGCUAUGUGAACUGUGAGGUGGAGCGAGCGUGGCGGAUCGUCCUUGACGAUUUAACCGAAUGGUUCAGCACUCUCGGUGAGGCCGGCUUUACGCCCCAGAAGCGUGUGUUGAUUGGGACGCCCGGGAUCGGGAAGUCGAUGGCUGCCGGUUCGUACCUCCUCUACCAGCUGCUGCACCACGAUUUGGAGAAACUCCAGUUGGUUGUCUACUGUUUUGGUGAUACGACGUACGUGUUUGACAAGACAUACCAGACGGUGACAAAAUGCGAGGGUAAUGAAAUAUCCAAGAAACUUUUGUAUGAUUUGUGGCACAAUGGAAUGAAGGGGUACAUUAUCUACGAUGUGGCACGGCAAGGGACACCGCCAGCGUGUUAUUUUGCUUCUUUUCGUGAAUGGGGCAUGAUUGUGGUGUCAUCCCCAAACCUGGACAACUAUGCUAAAUGGGCGAAGGAAUUAACAGCCACGCGAAUCAUCAUGAAUUGCCCCGACGAGGUGGAUGUGAAGGCGAUGUGUGCAUGGAUGAAGCGUGACGAGACUGCAGAGAGAAAAGCGGAAUGCUGGAAGAUGGUGAAAAAACACAUGGAAAAAGUGGGGCCGAUUCCGAAGCAUAUAUUUCAUGCGAAAGAUUUUAAUGCACGAUUUGAUGCCGUUGAGUAUGCCUUGGAAGCGAUCAAUUCUCGGUAUGCUGAUAAAAACUUUAUACUUCCGGGAGCGGGGCUGUGGUAUUCUGAGGAUCCGUCUCAAAAUCUCGUGAGGAUUUUCCGAAUAAGAGCAGAGCGCGGUGCUGAGAGGUUUCGUAACGCACCGAUAUGUUCUUUCAUUGGGUCUCGAUCAGCGAACCGUUUGGCAAAGGCAAUGAGUGAGAAAGGCUUUUUUUCGCUGGUAUUGGGGGCGAGGGAAUUUCAUUUGUCCGAAUGUACGGAAAAGUUUUGUUUGUGCGCGCUCAUCUUUGAUGGGUUUGUCAGUGCAAUGGCAGAGGAACUCAAGGAGCUGAGGUCACCAGCACAUGGUAUUCAGGACACUGUGCUGAAAGCAAAUCCUGUAGCGCACCCCACCGAAAUAUGUGAAAUACCUGGAGUUGACGAAAUUAAUGAGAAACAAAAUAUAAAUUAUCAGGUACUGUACGUACCGGUGGCCAGGAACUUUCCGCUGGUGGACGGCUUUUUCUUCAUGGAGACACCGCGGAGGACGCUGGUAGGGCUGCGGAUGACUACGGCGGGUGAGCAUCACACCAAAACCAGCACCGUGCGGCAGUUCACUCAGUAUCUAUCGGAGUUUUUUAAUGGUUGGGAGGAAUUUGCUCAGGGAUUGUCGUGGGAGAUUAUUUAUGUGCAGCACGCAGACAGCACGCCGAUGAAUGGCUGGCAGAGAUGUGAUGUCGUCGGCUCGCCGGGUGUGGGAGAUGUUGAUCAUGAGAGGAUCGCGGAGUUCUGGAAAACCACACAUCAGUACCAGUUUGCGCUGACAGAUUGUUUUCUCAGGCGUAUAUUGCAAUCCAAAAAAUGCUGA